AUGAUGCGAAACGACAUCGUCGACAGAGGGCUCGAUCAUCAAGGUGCGGGGGCGGGAAUGGCGAUGAUGAUGUCAGCCGGCGGCGGAGUGGGACAGAGGAAGGGCGGCAGCGUGGCGGUGCAGCAGGGGUUGAAGAAGGGGCCGUGGACGGCGGCGGAGGACGCGAUUCUGAUGGAGUACGUGAAGAAGCACGGGGAAGGGAACUGGAACUCGGUGCAGAAGAAUUGUGGGCUGCUGCGGUGCGGGAAGAGCUGCCGGCUACGGUGGGCCAACCACCUGCGGCCCAAUCUGAAGAAAGGAGCGUUCACGCCGGAGGAGGAGCGCGUCAUCAUCGAGCUGCAUGCCAAGUACGGCAACAAAUGGGCUCGCAUGGCCACUCAGUUGCCCGGAAGAACGGACAACGAGAUAAAGAACUACUGGAACACGAGAAUGAAGAGAAGGCAACGAGCUGGGCUGCCGGUCUAUCCUACAGAAUUCCAAGACCAAGCGGCAGCGUUUCAUCACAUGCAACGCCAUGAACAGAACAAUCUAACCGACCACAACAACAACAACAAAUCGUCGUCUCUCUUCUCCGUAUUUCGCAAGGCACCAGUAUACACCUCAUCAUGCUUCUCCUUCUCCGCCGACGGUUUCCCUGAUUUCUCGCCGACGCCGGCCGCUGGUUGUUUCAAAGGUCACAGUAGUAAUAACACCCACCUCCCUUCCUCCGCCUUCUAUGGCAACAACACUACUCCUCAUCACCACCAGUACCAAUAUCUCAACGCCCAAAACGGCGCCGUUUUCGCUCCUCUCUCACUCUCCCCUCUCGUUUCCACAUUCGCCCCUCCGCCGGUCACCGGAGGAGGAGGAGGAGGAGGAGGAGAGAACAUGCCGAGCAACUUUGUGAGUUUCACUUCCUUGAUCAUGGGGGACUACGACGCCGACCAGCAGCUGGAGUCCUUCAGCUUUGCGUCGGCUUCAGAGCUACCUUCACUCCAAACCCCGCCGCGCUCGGCGUCGUCGAACGCCACCGGAGGCGGCGGCGGAGGGGUUUGCGUGGUGGCUGAGGGAUCUGACAAUGGCAACAGCAAUAGUGACAAUAAUACUGCCGCCGGGAGGACAAAAGGAAAUGACCAAGAUACCCUCACGGUGAUGGAGAACAACAACAGCGGGCUGUUAGACGCGUUGCUGAUGGAGAGCAAGGCUAUAUGUCGGAAGAGGAAGGCGGACGAGAUGGAGAUCGGUGCAAUCAGCUCCACGGCGGCGGAGGAGGAGGAAGGGAACUUCGAUGCCGCCACCGCUGUUGCUAAACGUAACUGUACAGCGGCGUCGUUUUGGGGAGCAAGCAAUGGCGAGCAGCAGCCGUCAUGUGAAGGCGGCGGGGAUAAUUUGGUCUUUGCGCACUCUUCAAUCGUAAUGGAGCCGGCGAAGGAGGAGACGGUGACGGCGACGACGGAGGAGAUGAGUUCAAUGGACGAUGACUUGCUGAGCCUGCUCACCAACUUCCCGUCUUCCAUCCCUCUGCCGGAAUGGUAUCGUGAACACAGUACCAUACAAAAUACAACCACCAACGUCAACAUGAAGGAAAAAGCCACCGCAGUUGGCACGUGCGGCGGUGGAUGUGAAGCCUCGCCUGCUCUUCAGGGGCCAUGA